UUUUUCUACAGCCGAAGAGUUGUGUAAAUAGACAAGUCAGAGAAAGUGUCUAAAGAUAUUGUUAGAAUGAUUUAGAUAUCAGCCGGCUGAAUCCGGUUGCACCAAAGCCAUGUCUACGAACUUUACCGCAAAAGAUGACGACGACCUUGACUAUAUUGAAAACCUCGGCAGCACGACCUUGAGGACGGCCAAGGUCACCCCCAAACCACGAAUUUCCUUCAAGGCGUCUGCGAAGUACAUUUUGAGCUAUAAUGACCUUGGCUUGUUCUUAAUGGCUGUCAUUUUUACAGUCUUGUGCAGUUUAAUUGUUUCCUUCUCAGCCAAGAGGUCAGUCAGUGGCUACUACUUUGUGAACAAGAACAUUGGAUUUUUCCCGAUCGCCUGCUCUAUGAUCAUGGCGAACAUCGGCAGUGCCCACUUUGUAGGGAUUGCAGCCCUUUCCAGCCGCAUUGGACUCGCCGGAUAUGCAUACGAGCUAAAUAGUACCUUGGUAUUUAUCGUUCUUGGCUGGGUUUUUCUUCCUGUGUAUAUUGCAUCAGGGUCUGUGACGACUAUUGACUACCUGAAAAAACGUUAUGGAGGCAGGAGGAUUGAGUUCUACGUGUCUGUAUUGUCACUGUCUCUCGUCGUCUUCACAAAGAUUUCGGUCGAACUGUACUCUCUGUACAAAAUCUUGGAGAUAUUCUUCCUCAACCCUGACCCUCGCCUCAUCAGUUCGCCUUUCCUCUUGUGGGCAGUUCUGGUCACUUGCUCAGGUGGAUUACGGGCUGUUGUGUAUACUUCCACUGCACUAUUUUUUAUUGUCCUUGUUGGCGGAGGAUUUAUCUCGUACUACUGCGUGACCGCCUUUGAAAGUUUUGAUCUUUUGAAAGACAAGUUUUUUCAAUCUUGGCCGAAUACCACAAAAAUCACUUUCGGACAGAGCUCUUCAAACAAUUACACCUUCUGUGGAAUCCCUCAACCUUCAUCUUGGAAUAUCAUAAGAGAGUACAACAGCAAUGAUGUACCCUGGCCUGGAAUGGUCUUCGGAAUAACGAUUAGCGCCAUCUGGUAUUUUUGCUGCGAUCAGAUGAUAGUGCAAAGCGCCCUUGGAGCUUCUAGCAUCGUCCACGCUAAGAGUGCCUGCAUUAUUGCUGGCUAUGUUAAGAUGUUGACUAUUCUUUUCCUGGUUAUGCCGGGAAUCGUGGCCAGGAUAUUUUACACAGACGAAGUCGCCUGUGCUGACCCGGGAGUGUGCCAAAAUGUUUGUCAAUCGAAGUACGGGUGUACAACUUUGGCUUUCCCUCUUCUCUUUCUGCAGAUAGUGCCUCAAAACUAUAGAGGAGUGGUGCUGGCCACCGUGUUGUUGUGUGGUGUGACGUCACUUACAGCCAGCCUGAACAGUGGCGGCACCAUCUUCGCUUUUAACGUGUACAAAAAUAUCCGUGGGAAUGUCAGCGCCAUGGAACUGAUGAUAGUGACCAAGUUAGCUGUCAUGGUACUGGCGAUCUUCAGUAUGUCCGCUUUGUCGGUCAUUCAAACGACUCCUUCCGUCACGAUCUACGUUCAGGAGGUCACGAGCACUCUGGCCCCGCCCAUCGCAGCUGUGUAUCUUUGUGGCUUGUUCUGGGACAGGACAACAGAAAUGGCAGCCUUUAGAUCCUUGUUGCUUGGGCUCUGCCUUGGACUGUUCCGGCUAAUCUGGCACUCGUCGCUCGGCAACGUCGUCUGCGGUGAGGAGAAUCAGGCCAAGGUGCCGCACAUCCUGUCGCGAUUCCACUUCCUGCACUUUGGCAUCUUCCUCUUCGUGAUUUGCGUCUCUUACAUGAUCAUUUCCGGUAUCUUUUCAGAGCCAAUCGGGCUCGUCCAUCUGUACCGCUUGACCUUCUGGCUGCGAUACAGUAAACUGGACCGUGUGGACAUUGAUGAACUGGAUAAAGCGUACGACAAACUGCUGAAUAAAAGAACCUCCGAGACCCAAGACUCGGAAACCUCCAGCGUCAUGGAACCAAACGCUUUCCGCUUUCCCAUCUUGGGGAACCUGUGUUGCUUGGAGACAGACACUGCCUCGCACAUCAUCACCAACAACGAGCUGAGGGAGAUGGUCAAACCUAACGCCAACAUUGGCGAGCCGGAGAGGUACUCCAAGGCCCUGAACCUACACGCGAUACUCAUGCUUCUGUUGUCGGCCCUGCUGUGGGGUUACUUGUCUUAGAUCGCUAUACGUCAUCAAAUUAUAAUAUAAGGGGAGGUAUCCCUAGAGAAAAUUGAGUUUUAGGUCCAGGAUAUCGAUUUUUAACUAAUAACAUAAUUAAGGAGAUCAAUCAUUUUUCUUUACAUUACAAUCAUUUUUAUUGCUUAAAUCUGUGUCUAAAACAUGUUUUUUUUUAAAAUGUUUUUGUAAGGUCUAUAAGACAAAAUCUUAAUAAAAUGUAUACUUUAAACUCAUUUUUCUCAAAAUGUUAGUUUUUGCACAUGUCAUUGUGCUUUACUAGGAAUUUCUCCUAAACUACUUGAUAGAUUUUGAUGAAAUUUGAAACACUUCUUGAGGACAUCAUUAACUUUACUCGUACAAUGAUUUUUUUUUCAAUAUUAUAUUUACUUUUUUUUUAAAGUAUUUUUAAUUAAUAAUUAUCCUGUUUUUUUAGGUCUAAAAAAUACUAAAAAUUCAAAAAUUUGUAAAAAAUUUAACGUACUUAAAUCUUUAAUUCUGACGUUGUACCAAUUUAGAGGAUCCUUUUUUCUUAUCUUUUAAUUCAAUUUCAUGUAUUUCUGAUCAAUAGUUUUUACAAAAUUCAGAUUUUUAAUUUGUAUACAAUAAACAAUAUGGCCGCCGUUACCAUGGCAACCAUAUUUUAAAAAAACUUUUUUUUUUAGCAUUAUUUAUUUUAGAAUAUCAUUACAUGUUACCAUAACAAAUUUCAAAGGCCUAGCUUCAGAAAUAACAAAAAUAAGAUUUUCAGGGAUACCUCGCCCCAUAAGCUUACAGAGGUCGUUUUUUAAUGUUUAUUUGUCAAUCUCACUUAUUUGGAUAAUAUCUUGAAUUAUUAUGUUUAUAUGUUUGUAUUUUUUAAAACGAAUGUGGGAUUACACAAAACAGAUAGGGGCCUACUGCUAUUGAUUCUUUCAUCAAGUAUGUAAUAGUGACACCUAACCGUGGUCGGCCUAGCGGGCCGUACAAAUAAGCCUACAUGUGUGUCUUAUAUAAUGCAGACGUUACUUUAAAAAAAAAGAGGAUUAUGUUCGCACAGUGUCACAGUCCCCAAAAAGAUAGUUAAUAGAACCGAGUCAUGUGACUUCAUUAUCUACUGAGGGCAAAAGUUUCACGAGGCCGGAUAACACUGCGUUACGAGCUAAAACCGUUCGCGGGCCGUGGGUUGAGCAUCACUGUUGUAGUGUAUCAUUAGCUGUGUUCAUACAGAAGAAAGUCUGGACAUCGCGUGAUUGACAUUGUGUGAUGGAUUCAACUCAAAUACGGGUCCACGGGGGCAGCCUCUUUGUACUCUUGUUAUUAAUAAACGCAUAUACCUUUUUACCUAUUCACUAUAAGAUCUAGGUAUCGGGAAGGCAGACGUUUAUUAAAAAUAGCAACACUUAGUUAUACGGGUUCAGAAAUCAACACAGAAUAUUUAAAAAUAAAACCCAGUUGACGAUAUGAGUAAGACAAUUAAAACAUACUAGAUCUAGUAAUCGAGGUUUCUGUUUGUUCUCAGCGUUGUGUUGUAAUAAUUAUUUUGAAUUUGAAAGAAAUAAUUUGGGAGAAAUGGUAUGGGGGAACAGAGCGCGGCAGGUGGGAGCAAGAAAAUAAAAAGUAGUCAAGGUAAAAGAUACACAAUCAAAAUAUACAAAAUACUUUAAAAAAAACAAAAACAAGGCUUAUUUUGAGUGUAGGGAGAGCACCGCUCUAUUGCUGCUAUAUUUUGGGUUUUAUUUCCCAGAUUUUUUUUUUAUUAAAGUUAAUUUAAUUACCACUAGUUGAUUAAAUAAUUGGUUUAUUUUUUUUUUUUUUGCAUUGAUUUGUGUGUUGUCAUCGACAAUGAAUAAUUAUGCGAAAUUUCAAUGGGAAGUGGGGGUUAAAAUGUAGAAGAAUCAACCUAGACAGACGAAUAAACAGACAGAUGGGGUGAGUUAAUUUAUAUGAUUUGUAAAUAAUAAAGAAUGAAUAAAACAUCCAUCA